GGUGCCCCGAAAUGCCCUGGGUUCUGGUUUCUUGCUCACUGGAGGCCUCUCUCCUCUCUAUUCUACAGUGUGGAGGGCGAGGCCCCCAGCAGCGAGACCUGCACGUCAUUGGACAGCCCCUCAGCCUAUCACCAGGACCCCUUAGCACCUGGCUCCAGCCUGAGCCCAGACCACUACGAGCACACUUCUGGGGGCGCCUAUGGGCUGUACUCCGGGCCACUGGGGCAGCGCACACGGAGGCCCAAGCUGCAGCACUCGACCUCCAUCCUGCGCAAGCAGGCUGAGGAGGAGGCCAUCAAGCGCUCACGUUCCCUCUCUGAAAGCUAUGAGCUCUCCUCGGACCUGCAAGACAAGCAGGUGGAGAUGCUAGAACGGAAGUAUGGGGGGCGCCUCGUGACCCGCCAUGCAGCCCGCACCAUCCAGACGGCCUUCCGCCAGUACCAGAUGAACAAGAACUUCGAGCGCCUGCGCAGCUCCAUGUCAGAGAACCGCAUGUCCCGCCGGAUUGUGCUGUCCAACAUGAGGAUGCAGUUCUCCUUUGAGGGGCCUGAGAAGAUGCACAGCUCCUACUUUGAAGGGAAGCAGGUCUCCGUGACCAAUGAUGGCUCUCAGUUGGGAGCCCUGAUGCCCUCUGAGUGUAGUGACUUCAGUGAGCCGCCUUCCCUCAAGUCUUCUGCCCCAUCUAGUGACUUUGCAGAUGCCAUCACUGAGCUGGAGGACGCCUUCUCUCGUCAGGUGAAAUCACUGGCUGAGUCCAUCGAUGACGCCCUCAACUGUCGCAGCCUUCAUACUGAGGAGAUGCCUGUCCCCGUGAGUGGGCGAGCCCGGGACACCGAGCCCCAGGCAGCCCUGCAUGCUGUGGACCAUCGCAAAUUGGACGAGAUGACAGCCUCGUACAGUGAUGUCACCCUGUAUAUCGACGAGGAGGAGCUGUCACCACCCCUGCCCCUCUCCCAGGCGGGGCAUCUGCCAUCCAGUGCUGAGUUAGACCUGCAGCUGGGGGCAGGGGGCACCGCCCAGGACUACUGGGCGCUGGCUCACAAGGAUGACAAACGGGACACUGACACGAGCUGUCAGAGCACACCGUCGCUGGAGCAGCAGGAACAGCGGCUGCGGGGGGAGCACCUCCCGCUGCUCACCAUUGAGCCACCCAGUGACAGCUCUGUGGACCUUAGUGACCGUUCAGAGCGUGGCUCACUCAAGAGACAGAGUGCCUGUGAGCGCAGCCUCAGUGGGCAGCAGGGCAGCCCCAAGCACGGCCCCCACAGUGGCCCCCCUAAGGGCCUGCCCCGGGAGGAGCCAGAGUUGCGGCCCCGGCCUUCUAGGCCCCUUGAUGGCCACCUGGCUAUCAAUGGUUCAGCCAACAGGCAGAGCAAGUCAGAGUCAGACUACUCAGAUGGGGACAACGACAGCAUCAACAGCACUUCUAAUUCCAAUGACACCAUCAACUGCAGCUCUGAGUCGUCAUCCCGCGACAGCCUGCGGGAGCAGACUCUCAGCAAGCAGACCUAUCACAAGGAGACCCGCAACAGCUGGGACUCUCCUGCUUUCAGCAAUGAUGUCAUCCGCAAGAGGCACUAUCGCAUUGGCCUCAACCUUUUCAACAAGAAGCCUGAGAAAGGUGUCCAAUACCUCAUUGAGCGUGGCUUUGUGCCGGACACACCAGUGGGAGUAGCCCACUUCCUGUUGCAGCGCAAGGGCCUGAGCCGGCAGAUGAUUGGCGAGUUCCUGGGCAACAGGCAGAAGCAAUUCAACCGCGAUGUGUUGGACUGCGUGGUGGACGAGAUGGACUUCUCUGCCAUGGAGCUGGACGAAGCCCUCAGGAAGUUCCAGGCGCACAUUCGAGUUCAAGGGGAGGCUCAGAAGGUGGAGCGGCUCAUUGAGGCCUUCAGCCAGCGGUACUGCAUCUGCAACCCUGGGGUGGUGCGGCAGUUCCGAAACCCAGACACCAUCUUCAUCCUGGCCUUCGCUAUUAUCCUGCUCAAUACGGACAUGUACAGCCCCAACGUCAAGCCCGAGCGCAAGAUGAAGCUGGAGGACUUUGUCAAGAAUCUCCGAGGUGUAGAUGAUGGCGAGGACAUUCCCCGGGAGACACUGAUUGGUAUCUAUGAACGGAUCCGCAAGCGGGAACUAAAGACCAAUGAAGACCAUGUGUCCCAGGUGCAGAAGGUGGAGAAGCUUAUCGUGGGGAAGAAGCCGAUUGGAUCCCUGCAUCAUGGGCUUGGCUGUGUCCUCUCUCUGCCUCACCGGCGGCUGGUCUGUUACUGCCGACUCUUCGAGGUUCCAGACCCAAAUAAGCCCCAGAAACUUGGGCUGCACCAGCGAGAAAUCUUCCUGUUCAACGACCUCCUGGUGGUCACCAAGAUCUUCCAGAAGAAGAAGAACUCAGUGACAUACAACUUCCGACAGUCCUUCUCCCUGUGCGGCAUGCAGGUCCUGCUCUUCGAGAGCCAGUACUACCCCAAUGGCAUCCGGCUCACGUCUGCAGUCCCUGGAGCAGACGUGAAGGUGUUAAUAAACUUCAAUGCUCCCAACCCUCAAGACCGAAAGAAAUUCAGUGAUGACCUGCGGGAGUCCAUUGCAGAGGUGCAGGAGAUGGAGAAGCACCGGAUAGAGUCGGAGCUCGAGAAACAGAAGGGUGUCGUGCGGCCCAGCAUGUCCCAGUGCUCCAGCCUCAAAAAGGAGCCGGGCAGUGGAACUCUGAGCCGGGCCUGCCUGGACGACAGCUACGCUGGCAGCGAGGGCCUCAAGCGCAGUGCCCUCAGCAGCUCCCUGAGGGACCUGUCGGAAGCUGGGAAGCGAGGGCGGCGCAGCAGUGCGGGAUCGCUAGAGAGCAAUGUGGAAGGGUCCAUCAUUAGCAGUCCUCACAUGCGCCGGAGAGCUACAUCAACACGAGAGUGUCCAUCUCGCCCACACCAGACUAUGCCUAAUUCUUCCUCCCUCCUGGGCUCCUUGUUUGGGAGUAAGAGAGGGAAGCCCCCUCCUCAGGCUCACCUGCCCUCAGCCCCUCCCCAGCCCCCCUCACACCCGCCAGGCCUGCCCCACCCACAUCACCUUGUGGCAGGCCACCACCAGGGGCCUGCAGAGGGCCCUCCACAGGUCCCGACGCACGGGCACCACACCCAGUACUGCCACCUGCAGCAGAACCCGCCCCCCUACCACCACCACCACCAUUACCACCCCCCCCAGCACGUCCCGCAUGCACACCAGUACCACCACAGCCCCCAUGGGGGGCACCUGCCCUACGGGGCCCACACACAUAGCCACCCACCACUACCCUUGGCCCAUGCCAGCCAUCCUGGCCACUCGGGCCACACAGCACAUCACCACGGGCAGGCCCCUGCCCCACCGCCCCCCACCAGCAGCAAGGCCAAACCCAGUGGCAUCAGCACAGUUGUGUAGACAGCUUGAGCGGGGAUCCCAGACUCCCCAGAGCAAGUGCACACCACAUAGGCAUGCCUGGGGGCAGCCAGCCUCAGACCAGGCCUGGGCACUUCUGUUUCCAUCUCUCCCCGCAUCUCCCCAAGGCUUGGAUGGAACCCCUUGAGCCCAUGGGCUUGUGUUGUAGGGAACAGAGCUCCUGAUUUAAUUCAGCAUAGGUGCCCGGGGCUCCAUCCACCGUCCACCUCAACCCAAGGUGGGCCUCAGCCACCGUCAGCCUUGAAACAGUCCCUCCAGCCAAGAUGUUGAACUCCCGCCCCCACUGCAGCCCUCAGCUCCCUCCUCCCUAAUUGUACACGCAUAUGAAAAGUCUAGAGAAAGAAGAAACAAGACACAAAAAACCAGAGACACAACAAAACAGAAAACCCAAAACUUGCUGCAUUAUUGCUCUUUUAUUAACAAUGGGCAAAAUUAAGUAGACCUGAUAUGGUUGAUGAGAAUACGUAAGUAAACUUUAUAUAAUAUAAAUAUAUAAAUAUUUAAAUAAAUAUAUGUAUAUACUGUAUAGGUAGUAUUCGUGUGUGAAAGGCAAACAUUUCAGGCCACAAAGUUAGCAAUAUAGAUGUUACAAGGAGCUCCACUCCCUAACAGGAAGACAGCACCUGAGCUGACUGAGAGGAGACCAGACCUAGAUGCUAGGAGCCAACUCAGAGAAGUCCCUCCAGGACUGACAGAUCAUUACUAACUGUGCCAAGUAGCAUAGCAUCUAACUGUUUAAAAAGUCCAGUAUUGCUUUAUAUAAAUCCUUAUUUUAUUAACAGAAUACUAUCAUAAGUACUCAGUAUUAUAACUGCUCUGUUAUUUCAGGUAAGCAAGUAGAUAAAGUGCAGUAAGCUGCAGUAGCAACUCAGGAUAACUAGUUGAGAACUGGUUGUCUUAGAAUGUUGGUUACCCAGAUUCAUGCACACGUGAACGGCUGUGAAAACUGUGAAUUUCCAUGAUCCAUGUUCCUUUUAUAGGCACAUGAUUCUGAGCAUACUCAUUCAGAGUCCUCUGAGAGGGGCACCCAUGCACGGCAGAUGCAUCACCUCCACCAUGACAUGACCAGCGCUGGCCCUCGUCCCCCUCAGCACCGUCACUUCCUCCUCCCGCCCCCGCUCCAGCAGGCAGGAGCCCGAGCCCGGCUCCAGGGGAACCGCUUUCAGACCUGCAGGCUGAGCUUAGUGUUUAGCAACCCAGGGUGGUGUGUGUUCCCUGUUUUAUUUUCUGAGUGGUAGCCGUGAUCAUUGUAACUUCAUGUAGUCAUGUGCUAGCAUAACCCCGUGUCAUCACCGUGGCCCUGUGACCCCAGCUGACACGUGCCAGCCUCACUGGUGAAGCCCCCGCUGCCUCCUCAUGGUCCACUUAGCUGCCAGGGCAUCACAUGAUCUCAGCUGUGCUCUUGUUGCUUCCGUCUUGUGACACCAUCUGCUCCCUGGGGCCGGGCGCUGCACGCGUCCAGUUCUGUGCCUGAGUCACCCAUGGGCCAUACUUUGUAGUUUCAGCCUUUCGAGCCACUGCAGCCACCAGUGCUGUGUUCCUAAGCCAUGGGACCCGAGGACUGCCCCACGGCACCUGCCCAGGCGGAGAGCCCUUUCAGAAAGGGCGAAGCUAACGCAGGACUGUGGGCUCCGGGGCUCCGUGCUCCGUGGAAGGUGUGGCGAGCUGUGGCCGGACGGCAGACGACAGAGGGGAGCCCGCCCUAGCCAGCGGCUGGGUGUCCAUUUCCUCCCCACCUGCCCCUUUGUCAUAUCAUUGAGGUCAUCAUACCAGCAAAUCUGCAAACAGCACUUUGUUAAUCUCCACAGAGAGCAAAUACAGCACCAAGAGUUUAGCCUUUUUUAAAAGAAGUGUGACUUUGACCUGCCCGCCUUUUCUUCCCGUUGGUACAGCUUUUCUCUCUCGGGCAUCUGCUCAGAGAGCAAUAAAAAGCACAGGCGUGCCUGACUUGGUCCAGGCCCAGCUGGUGGGAGGCCCCCCAGUCCACUGACUGAACCUUUGGUUUCCCGUCAGAGCCAGCUCCCCAAGGCAUUCUCUGCAUUUAAAGGGUGCUGUUCUGACGAGGGAAAGUCAGGUUGUGCUGCGUGUCGUCGGUGCUGCUUGUGUGAAGCCACAUCUGUGUAUUGUAUAUUUGCAAAAUAUAUCAGUGUUACUGUUGACAAAUAGUUGAAGUAAAGUGAUAACAUAUUAAAUAUGUCGGCCUUUUUUUAUCCCUCUGUACCAAUGGUAGAGUUCAACUGUAAACUCUAGGUUGUUCCAGAAAAGACAGGCUGUUUGGUGCAGGUUGCUUUUUCUGAAGGGGCAGUCUCUAGUGGGAAGCAACAGAGAGCCAACUGCAACUGCACUGGUGGCCCGGUGGAGGGGCUCUCUCCCUUGCAUCCUCCAGGCUCCAACCACUCAGUGCUCUCGCCUCCAAAACUCUUCUGUGCCCUGAAGUCUUGUCAGGUGCCACAGGCCCGGGCCUAGUGAAAGGGCCUCUCGACACGGUCUCUCCCGUGUUUCCAGCUCUGCCCAGCGUUGGGUUCAGGUCGGUGAGGCCUGACCAUUCUCCGUGUUUAUUUGCAAGCGUCAUGGGAAGUGUUUCCAGAAGCACAUUGUUCCAUUGAAGAGACUGGUCCCUGCUGCCCAGGUCUUGUCUGGGAAGCAACAGCUCCUGAUAGACGGGAGCUUCCAUGGGGCUGUGCUCUCUGGAUCCAACCUGCAGUCACAGCUGGGGGCCUGUUCACAGAGCCCCUCAUCCCCCCAGGGGGCUGAGCCGCCACAAUGUUUGUGUCAUUUCAUCUGCCGGGAUCCUCGGGAUGCUUUCUCAAGUCGCACAGAUUAUUUCAAUUACAUGAUUUCUGACAGGAGCAGGAGAUCCUUAGAGGAGGUGGCUGGUAGUAUCACAGAGUCUUUUCUGGGACAACACCUGAAUCAUGUAUUUGUACUUUUUAAAGUUUAUUAAUGAAUUUACAACACUGUAAAAAUAAAGUUCAUCCUAAUA